AUGCCGUGGCUUCUGAGCAAGGAGCGACGGCAGUCGCCCUCCAGCAGCCCCAGUGGGCAGCCCUGGGCUGCCACCAGCUCCAGCAGCGCCUCCCAGCUCCGGGAGCAGGGGCUGGGCAGGCUGCACCGCGCGGCCGCCCGCGGUGACCUGGGCUGGCUGAGGCGCUGGCGCUGGUACGUCAAGGUAGUCGGCAUCGACAGGCCAGACCAGGAGAUGCGGACACCUCUACAUCUGGCUUCAGCCAAUGGCCAUGCAGAUGUCGUCAGAUAUCUGCUAAGAAAGAACAGCCAGCCCAACCUCGCUGACAACUUCAAGAGAACAGCCCUGAUGAAGGCAGUCCAGCGGGAGCAGGAAGAAUGUGUUGCUGUUCUGCUGGAACACGGUGCCGACCCCAAUCUGGCAGACGCUGACGGCAACACUGCCCUUCACCUGGCUGUCCUCUCUAAAAACACAGCUGUAGCAGGGCUGUUACUGGAGCAUCAUGCCAACAGUGAUGCUCAGAACCAGUGGGGAUUUACCCCCUUGAAACUUGCAGCCUUGCAACAGCACGAGGAGAUUCUGGAGUGCCUUGUGAACAAAGCAGCUGACAGGCCUGCUCAAGCCCAGGGGGAAAGGUGA